AUGCUCGCCUUUGAUCCCAGCACCGACGCCAUCACCCGCAACCUCUUCCCGCCCCAUCUCCAAAUACCCGAGCGAUCUGGCAGCGAGGCAAUCCGACAAUGGAGCAUUGCGCGGAAAUCGGCCAGAUUGCACGCGAAGGGUUUCGUGAUGAUGGUCGCCGUUGGCAACGUCCUAGACGGUAAGGCCGUGGGUUAUUCGAUGUGGUUCGCCCCCGUUGAAGGGGACGAGGAAGAGUUACCGCGACCCAAAAGGACUUUUGCGGGCAUGGACCAGGCUGCAUUUGCCGAACUGCGUGAGAUUAUAAUGGAGGACGAGCAGAGAAUAUUUGGUGAGAAGGGGGCUGCUGAUGGAUGGACGCCAGAUCUCGACCCUCUCGGUGUUCAUCCGCAGUAUCAGAAAAGAGGGAUUGGCAGAAUGCUUCUAGAUUGGGGCGUACAACAGGCAGUAUCACAAGAAAGAGAUUGCUACUUAAUUACAACACCAGCCGGAGUUGCACUCUAUCGAGCGGCUGGGUUCGAUGCUAUGAAGACGGUGGAGAUCUUCGGCGCUCCGCAUGUGUCAAUGAGGAAGCGGGCAUUCGGAAGUAGACUACCACCACAGUGA